CAAGUUUACAUACCGACCAGAAGUGCGCGCUGGUCACGCGUUCAGCUGUCAAUUAAAACAAAGGUUAUCCAGAAAUUCGGACUGAUGAACUCGCAAAUGUCAAGUUCUCGUAUCUCUCAAUUUUAUUACCGGUAAAAGCCUGAUGUAGUUUCCGUCUUGUGAAUCGUGAUAGUGUACGAAAGUUAUUAGAAAAUAAUAGGUAUUCUAUAUUCUGAUCUGAAAAAAUUUGAGAAACGAAAAUUUUUUCUCAAAACGAUGACUACCUACACUGUAGUAACCUCAGACUUUGUUAAUUUAAAUAUUACAAAUUCUGGACAGCAAACUUGCUGCGUAGAAAGAAGAUUUCAGAAGGGAAUCACCCUCAAUGAUUUUAAGGGUAAACUGGAACUUCUUACUGGCGGGAACUCGGCCACAAUGAAAUUGGAGGUCUAUGAUAAAAAUGAUAAACUUGUCUGCAAACCAGAUGAAGGUGACCGUUUGCUUGGCUCAUAUCCAAUCGACGAUGGAAUGAGAGUUCAUGUAAUAGACAAGUGCAUCCGGCCGGAUGAUGAGACGGCACAGGUAGACAAGUUUGAACUGUCCAAUACGGAGUACGCUAAAAGAUCUGAUACCGUCAAAGCAUUCCUAGAACGAAAUAAGUUGGGAAAAUAUAAUGAGGAAGAAAUGAAACGUAGGGAAGAAGAAAAACGGCUAGAAGAAGAAGCAGAUGAAGCUGCAGCAAAAGCUUGCAAGGUUGGAGAUCGCUGCGAGACUCAAGUACCAAAUCAGCCAAAGCGGCGGGGCACAGUCAUGUAUGUUGGUACAACUGAAUUCAAAAGUGGAUGGUGGAUUGGUGUAAAGUAUGAUGAACCCUUAGGCAAAAACGAUGGAUCAGUCAAAGGUAAAAGAUAUUUUGAUUGUCCCCCAAAUUAUGGUGGAUUUUUGAAACCGGCGCACGUGAAGACUGGAGACUAUCCAGAAGAGGAUUUCAACUUGGACGAGGAACUUUAGGAACACACCAGGCAAUUAUUCGUAAGAAUUGAAGAUUUAUUUACAAUCAUUAAUAAGCAAAUUAUUAAUCAUUGUCGUCGCUUUGAUUUAAUUUUCACAAAACGAGGAUGCUUAAUUUAUUAAAUUCGUUAAUAUUUCCUUCGCUUGAUGAUGUCGGGCCGCCAAUUAAUCGGAUGACUUUCUUCGGUCUGUAACAUAAUAAUCAAGUUAGUCAUAUUAUAAAAUUGUCAUUUCAAAAAUCUAUACUUGAAAAACCAGCUGAAGUAAAUUGUUUGAAAAAAAUUUCUAUACUCCCUAAAUAAACUUUUUUCUAAUAAAAGAAAAAUUAAAUAAACCA